CAAGCUUCGCGAGAGCGCGGGCUAUUGAUUGGCUGCGACGAGAGCGGGCCGCUCUGCCGGCAGCGGUUGCCCAGGGUUUCCGGUGCGCGGCCAGAGCGGGUGAAGCCGUCGGUACGUCGGCGGCGAGGAUUUGCUCUUAAUCUAGCGUUGCAAACCACAAUGAAGAACCAAGACAAAAAGAAUGGGGCUGCCAAGCCAUCAGGCAACACUUCCAACCCAAAAAGCAACCCAGGGCAACCGGAAGCGGGACCAGAGGGAGCUCAGGGGCGGCCCAGCCAGGCUGCUCCUGCAACCGAAGCUGAAGAUUCCACCACCCAGGCCCCGGGGAAGCCUGAGGGGGCUCAAGCCAAAACUGCUCAGUCUGGGGCCCUCCGUGAUGUGUCCGAGGAGCUGAGCCGCCAGCUGGAAGACAUCUUGAGUACUUACUGUGUGGACAACAAUCAGGGGGGCCCAGGUGAGGAUGGGGCACAGAGUGAGCCCGCCGAACCUGAAGAUGCAGAGAAGUCCCGGAGCUAUGCUGCAAGGAAUGGGGAGCCUGAGCCAGGGACCCCAGUAGUCAAUGGUGAAAAGGAGACUUCCAAGGGGGAGCCAGGCACAGAGGAGAUCCGGGCGAGUGACGAAGGCGGAGACCGAGACCACCGGAGGCCACAGGAGAAGAAGAAAGCCAAGGGGCUGGGAAAGGAGAUCACACUGCUGAUGCAGACAUUGAAUACGCUGAGUACCCCAGAGGAGAAGCUGGCAGCGCUGUGCAAGAAGUAUGCUGAACUGCUGGAGGAGCACAGGAACUCUCAGAAGCAGAUGAAGCUCCUGCAGAAGAAGCAGAGCCAGCUGGUACAAGAGAAGGACCAUCUGCGGGGUGAGCACAGCAAGGCUGUCCUGGCCCGCAGCAAGCUUGAGAGCCUGUGCCGUGAGCUGCAGCGACACAACCGCUCCCUCAAGGAAGAAGGUGUGCAGCGGGCCCGGGAGGAGGAGGAGAAGCGCAAGGAGGUGACCUCACACUUCCAGGUGACGCUGAAUGACAUCCAGCUGCAGAUGGAACAGCACAAUGAACGCAACUCCAAGCUGCGCCAGGAGAACAUGGAGCUGGCCGAGAGGCUGAAGAAGCUCAUUGAGCAGUAUGAGCUGCGUGAGGAGCAUAUUGACAAAGUCUUCAAACACAAGGACCUGCAGCAGCAGCUGGUGGACGCCAAGCUCCAGCAGGCCCAGGAGAUGCUGAAGGAGGCCGAGGAGAGACACCAGCGGGAGAAGGACUUUCUCCUCAAAGAGGCAGUGGAGUCGCAGAGGAUGUGUGAGCUGAUGAAGCAGCAGGAGACCCACCUGAAGCAGCAGCUCGCCCUAUACACAGAGAAGUUUGAAGAGUUCCAGAACACUCUUUCCAAAAGCAGCGAGGUGUUCACCACGUUUAAACAGGAGAUGGAAAAGAUGACCAAGAAGAUCAAGAAGCUGGAGAAAGAAACCACCAUGUACCGGUCCCGGUGGGAGAGCAGCAACAAGGCCCUGCUUGAGAUGGCUGAGGAGAAAACACUCCGGGACAAGGAGUUGGAGGGCCUGCAGGUGAAAAUCCAGCGACUAGAGAAGCUGUGCCGGGCGCUGCAGACAGAGCGCAAUGACCUGAACAAGAGGGUACAGGACCUGAGCGCAGGUGGCCAGGGCCUGCUCACUGACAGCGGCCCUGAACGAAGGCCAGAGGCUACUACUGCCACCAAGGAGCAGGGUGGUGAGGGGCUCAUGGCUCAAGCACCCAGCUCCCCAAGGGCCACAGAAGCUGCCUGUUCCCCUGGAGUUCCGAGCACAGAAGCAUCAGGCCAAACAGGGCCAUGGGAACCCAGCCCCACCACCGCCUAGAACGUGGCACUUCGGGUGUGCUGGGAAGGGAGCAGGCAGCCCAGCCAGGCCUGGCCCACACAAGACUCCCACCUCAAAGCAGCCCAGAGCUAGGCCAGGGUGCUCUGACCUGGCUGGCAUUUGACACUUUGUAAUUUUGGAUUUUGUGGGUCAGUUUGACAUAUAUAUGGCAUAUGUGCAAGACCUCAUACAUUUAUAGUUGUACAGUGGGCUUGCAUUGGGGGCAGGGGCAUGUAAAUAGGUCAGUGGCUCUUCUGUGAGCUGAAGAGUCUUAUAAGAGGAGCUUGUCGUCUGUGGCUGCCAUCACUGUGAGCUGGCAGGACAAGUGACUUGAGCAUUUCUCCUGCCUGGUUUGAGGCUCAGGUCCCACUGAGCCCUCAGGACUUGUGAGAAGUGACAACACCCAGGCCUUGACUGUUCCUGUUGUGAGCAGGGCUCAGGGCUCUCCUGGCUCCCCUGGAGAUGCCUUUCUCCUCUUGACCUGGAAAAGGUGUUCCCAGGCAGAGCCUUAGCGGGGUACCCAGAACAGGUGAUCAGACUGCUUUAUUGCCAAGACAAGGGGCCUGGAGAAUGUUUCUGGGAUGAUGCUGGUAGGGGGCCCUGUGGGCAUUGCUUUCCCUGCCCUCUGGUAGUGCUAGGACCAGGCCGGUGAUGCUUCUCAGUCUCCUUACUCACAGGUGCCUCUUUAGCCUGCAUAAAUGGAUGACAAGAGAGCACCCCAAGGAUUCUUUCUAAAGGUUUUUUUUUUUUUUUUUGCACAUGACAGUGUUUGUACUGAUCUGCUGAGGAGGAGGAGGGGUACCAAACAGUGGGCCUGGAUUCCUAACCUCCAGUGUCUCACCACCCACCUGGCUUCUUUGUCAGGUUGGUGCUGAGGUUUCCUGUUUGGUGAGACCAGGUUCCUUGUAGUGAGAGAAAGGAAAGGGCUUCUGAUAGCUUUGCCACAAGCUUGCCUGAAUCCUGGGAAGCUCCUCUGAUUCCUGUCCCCUCUCUUUGUGCAGUGGGUUGCUGGGCCCCAGGCCCAACUAUCCCUUUGGCUUUAUGGGUCUAUUUCUGCACCCUGCCCCUCUACCAUCAGCACCACCAGGUGUGCAGUCCAUGAGAUGUACCCCGGUUCCAUUCGCUGGCACCUCAUCCAGUGAACAAGAGCAGAGGUAUUUCCUUCUGGGGAUUUCACACCCGCCAGUGUGGGAGCCCGCAGGCCAGCCCCUAGCUGUUGUAUAGCUGGUAGGGAAUGAGACUCCACACACUAUUGGGCCCCAGAAAUCCACAGAAUGGUUGCUGACAUUUUUGUUUGUCACAACUUUAAACUCUGAAAGUUCUGCUGGUUGCUAACUUGCCAAAGUUUUAGCCAGGUUUUUGUUUUGUUUUUACCAAGCAGUCUUCUGGGACAACAGAGUGAGUCUCUGAUCAGAAAAAAGGGCUCUGGACCCAAUGCCCCCUCUCCAGCCAGGCGUCUGCUUCUCCCUGGCUUUCUUGAAGCCAGUCCACUGUCCACAGCCCUCUAUCUUCCACAGCUAGACCACAGCCUUUUAACUUCAUCCCUCAGAUAAAUAGGUUCAUGAGGAACGUUUAGUUUUCCUGAAUCCUGUUAUGACUUAGACCAGAAAUGGUGACUGAGGGGAUACCAGUUGCCCUCCUGCACCCAUGGCAGGUAUCACUAACCUGUUUCAAGGUGUCUCCUGCUGAUCCCCAUAGGUCCUCAUUUGCACCAGGAUCCCCCAGCAGCCAGUAUGAGCAUUGAGACCUAUUUGCCAUCCCUGGCUGAGAUAUUACUCUCCUGUGGAGAAGUGUCCAAUAUCUUUUUCUUCCUCUCUUUGAAAUCCCUGUGUUUGGAAUUGACCCCAAACCUGCCUCUUCCUGCUCCAGGAACACCUUUUCCGUGUGCCCAGGCUGAGGUGAAAGAGCUGCCAACCCCACAUGGGAUUUACGGGGCUGAGGAGGUGCAGGAAAGAGGAGGGGUAUCUACCUGCCCCCCUUGAAGAAGGGAAAGGCCUCAGGGGGGCCCAUAAAUAAUUGCCUGCCUCACUUCAGCUACCUCUUUAAAGCCUCGUGGAGGAGUUGGGUCUGUUGGAGCCCAGUGUGCUGUGGGAGACCACAGAUGGUACAGCAGCUCAAUGAGACCAGUUCUGGCUACUGGGGAACUGCAGUGGGCAGAUGGCCCCAACCAGGCUUCCAGGUCAGGAAUGUGGGCUUUGAGGCAGGCAGACCUCUACCCUCAACUCCAGCUAUUUCUAGGGAUUCAGGCCAUAGGUGGGGGUCCCUUUCUCUUCCUCUCCAUUGACCAAAUCUCACCAAUCACUACAGCUGCUCUGCUUGCUCUCCUUUCCAAAGUUAGCCCAGGUGACUGGGUACUGCGCACACAGGCCUGGGCUGGAUGCAGGGGGUAGCCUCUCCAUGAAUGAAGGCCAGUUCUGCCUUCCCCGCCCCGGGCCGGUUCCAUGCAUGUGACCUCGGUAUUAGGACCAAGAGCUGUUCUAUGUAGGGUUCAUGGCUAGUUUUUCCUCCAGGGGACCACAGCAGAUGAGGCUCACAGCUCAGAACUCCUGGCUCUGCUAACAGUAACUUGUGUUUCAGGACCUUGACCGCUGAGAGCUUCCUGUACACCAGAUUCUGAGAGGUGUCAGCAGCACUUUUUUUUUCUUUUC